UUUCGGUGCUUUCAUCAAUACAUAAAGUUAUACUUUAGUUUUCACAUUCUAUCUCUCUCCCUCUCUCGUUUUAAUGACAAAGAGGAAAGUGUGACUGACAAUACAUUACGAGUUACUAAGAGAAUAUUAAAUAGAGUAGCGAGUAAAGAAUCGGGACGAAAUUAAAAAAUUCCCAACUUGGUAUAGUCACAUUUUUCCCCGUGAUAUACACUUGCAAGUGGAAAGAGAUCCGUCAAAGUUACACAACAUCACCAUCGCGGGAGGAAAAGGAAAACCACUAUGACUGCCUCAUGGUGCAGCAGAUGACAUGUGGGAUUGAAGAUGUGGCACUAGUUGGGGUGAGAGAAGACAUCGAGAGUUGGCCGGAGGGAAGUAUCAGCGACGCUGCGCGAGAUUAAAAUCCGUUGGCGACAUAAAGCGAUAGAGAUGGACACGGGAAACCUCGUUCUGGAGGCUGUUGCCGCCGGUGUCAAUGCCACAGACUACGUCAAUCGAACAGCACCCAUUUACUCCAUAAAUCCCGACUUUAUUUCACAAUGGAAACUGAAGAAAAAACAGGAGAGAAUCUGUCGAGCUCUGUACAAGCGCUUCAUCAAUUUCCCAGCAUGUCAGCGCCUUCUCGGUCUUCCGGUGUAUCGGCCCAUGUACGAUGGUGGAGAUCUGUAUCCCUGGACGAAUAAUGACAGCAUGAUCGACUGGAGUUACUUCAACAUCAGCCUCAAUGGCCAGUUCGACGAGGGUUUGUGGAAUGCAACGACACAGCUUAUGACGACACCAAAGCCCAAUGGGCCUGUUCCUGUCUUGGCGCCCUUCGAGCUCUGGCAGACCAUCUUCAUCGCCAUCUGCCUGGCGCUGUGCAUCAUCCUCACUGUGGGCGGAAACACCCUGGUGCUGCUCGCCUUCAUGGUGGACCGCAGCAUCCGACAGCCCAGCAACUACUUCAUCGCAUCGCUCGCCUGCACUGACAUGCUCAUAGGAACCGUCUCCAUGCCCUUCUACACGGUGUACGUGCUGAUGGGCUACUGGGAUCUUGGUCCUCUGCUCUGUGAUCUGUGGCUCUCCGUGGACUACACAGUGUGCCUCGUGUCUCAGUACACCGUCUUACUGAUCACGAUAGAUCGCUUCUGCUCAGUGAAGAUCGCCGCCAAAUAUCGCAGCUGGCGUACGAAGCAGAAGGUGAUCUGGAUGGUGACAAUCACAUGGAUCAUUCCAGCGCUCCUCUUCUUCAUCUCCAUUUUCGGAUGGGAGCACUUUGUAGGCUAUCGCGACUUGCUGCCAGGUCAGUGUGCCGUACAGUUCCUCAAGGAUCCCGUGUUCAACACUGCCUUAAUCAUCGGCUACUACUGGACCACGCUGGUUGUGCUGUUCGUCCUUUACGGUGGCAUUUACAAGACAGCAUAUGAAAUGCAGAAGAAGAGUGAGGCGAAGCAGCGAAAGAUGCAGUCCAUGGUAGCGCUCAGUGCUGGCGCUAUGACGGGAAUGGCGGGCAGAGCGGCUGGAAUUGGCAUCUCCAAGACCCAGAGCACACUCUUGAGCCAGGACAAGCCGAAGGCCCUACCGAGUGUCACGCAGACAUCCACAGUUCCGCAGUCAUCGUCCUCCUCAUCGAAUCAGGUAAACUUUGGGGAGGAGCCCACGAAGAAGGCGCCCAAGGAGCCGAAGGAGAAGCGCCAGGGAAAGGAGCCAAAUGAGGGUGACAAGAGCGAGAGGUCCAGCAGUCCGGCCUUUGAUUCGGACGACGACAGCUCUGCACAGCAGCAACAACAGCAGGAGCGCACGAAGAAGGUGCAGCAGGAGAGGAAGCGCUCCUCCAUUGCCGGUCUCAUGGUGGGUGUUCAUGCUCCAGUAUUGGCCACGCGGGUCAAUGGCGCCAUCGGACAGAAAACUUCCGACGUCCCGAAGAAGACACCGUCGCCUUUAACGCCAAAUUUGCCUCGAAUUCAGGAGACGAGCCUUCUCGACACCCAGCAAGCCGGACAAACCCUCAUUCGUGCCACGGCGCAGCUCCAGCCCACCGAUCACGCCAAGUACCACACUGCCGUCUCGGUGGACCGGCCCGACCAGAAGCCGGUCACGUCCAUCGUCCAGGACGCCGCGGCGUGCCAGAUCGACGCCCAGAAGGCUGAGUCAACGAAGUCCUCCACGGACGCGGCGACGCCCAGUGUCUCGGCGGCGCCCGAGCCACCGUCUUCCGACUCCAAACGCCGCGGGGACUUCAUCCGCUCCAUCGGCAAGCGCCUCAAGGGCAAGAAGAAGUCCCCCGGCGGCCCCGGAGCCGGUCGGCAGAAGUCCAAGUCGGAGAACCGAGCGCGCAAGGCCUUUCGCACAAUCUCCUUCAUUCUGGGCGCCUUCGUGGCCUGCUGGACACCCUAUCAUGUGCUGGCGCUCGUCGAGGGCUUCUGCAAAUCCCCACCGUGCACCAAUGAGCACCUGUACAUGUUCUCGUACUUCCUCUGCUACGCCAACAGUCCCAUGAACCCCUUCUGCUACGCCCUGGCCAAUCAGCAGUUCAAGAAGACCUUCACGCGAAUCCUCAAGGGAGACUUCCACAUGACCUAAGCUUUCUUCCCCGCUUUCGCUUUUCACCUCUAUGACUCUCUAUUCGAACGGCAAUACUGCAAUUCCCCUCGCUUAGUCUCAUGCAACUCUAAAUUCAUCUUUGCUUUCAGAGAAACUUCCCGCUUUAUCCUUUUCCCCCUUUCUUACAUCACUGCUUAUCACAUUGGAGUGAACUCCAUGAGGAGGAUUUUCGAAAGACAGACAGAGAGAGAGAGAAAAAAGAGGAAAGGAGAGAAAAUUCAUAUUGAUAGACAAUAAUUAAUUAGGAUUUUAUCAAUAUUUGUAGCUAAUGAAAUAUUUGACAUUAUUAUGGAAAUAUCGCUUAGGUCAUUUUUGUAGACACUCUUAUCAUAAUUAGGAAAAGGAAAGGGACGAGGAGAAUAAGGAGAGGUAGAAAAACGUAUAAAUUCUUAGUGCAUACUAUAGUAUCUGUAACUCAAUGUAGCGCAAGUCGCAAGCUAGUCAUUUGAAACUCAUGCAAUAUCGUGAGAGACAUCUGAAACUUAUACAUAUAUAGUGUACAUUCUUUACUACCAAAGAGCGGCUGCUUUGUGCACUUUUACUAAGUGAGAAAAUAACUAUAUUGUACUUGUGAGUGGAACAUUUUCAAUACUAUUCACUAAAAUGUAUGAUGCGAUAUUUAAUGUGAAAUUCGUAAAGUGUAUAUAAUAGUUUAGCGACCUUUUUCCAUUUCUGAGACGAUUUCCCGCAAUGACAGAGAAUUCUUCGUGGAAAUUGAAAAGAUCUGAUAUAAUUUUAGAAAAUAUUCUCCUGCAAUUUCUCCACACCUAAAUGAGCCCCAAAUUAAUGGGGAAAUUGCAGAAGAUUGAAAUUUGACAUCAAUAGAAUAUGUGCUGUUCAUUGAGACAAAGAAGACAAUUAAGUGGCACAUCAAAUGGAUGUGAUUGUAAAUAUACAUAUAGAUUGAGAAUCAUUAUAUUGUGCAACUGUUGAGCAAGAGUCGCUUUGAUAUACUUCCAGAGGAUGAUUUGUUUCUCUGAUCAAAUACAAUAACGUUUUCUCAUUAACAUAUCAUUUCAUCUUAGACGUACAAUUACAAUAUAUUUUUAUAUAAGACUUGAAAUGAGUGGACAUUUUACAGCAAGUGCGUGAAAUAUGCAAUUAAGAAUGCCAUAAAUCAGCUCAUAAUGUGCAUGCUGAUAGUGAAGAGAAGUUACUUGAUGGCUGAUGUGAGACCAUCCCAAAUGAUACUUAGGAGUCAUCAAUCUCGCACGUGAAUAAAAGGAAAUCGUAUGAAAUGUCUUUAGAAAAAUGAAGAAAAUCUAUCAUCUUAAUCAUUUUUUUUGCCAAUAUGAGAACAUUUUCUCCUUGUAGCAUUUAACAGAUGAGAAAGGAGAGAAUAAAUAUUUGUUAGGACAAAAUGAUGGAGAAAAAAAAACACUUUAAUGUAUAAGCCAUGAACAAACAAAAAAAAGAAGACAAUAGCAAUGCUGCAAAAGAAAUGCAAGAAAAAAAAUCUGAGGAAGAAACAAGUGGCAUUUAAAUGCGAUUUAAAUCAAAUUUCUUACUGUAGAUAAAGAGAGAAAGGGGAGGAAAAAAUCACUAUAUAGACAAAACCACAUUCCCUAAACAUGAUGGAUGAGAAAGGGAAGAUUUUCGCAGUUUAUUAAAUUUACCGGACACACACACACACAUGAGGUUAGCUGAAAGCUCUCUAUGACGAAGGCGUGUGUAGACAGAAGAGUGUUGCUGCUUGCAAGAGCCAGCGCAAGUGGAUCAAAUAAAGGAAUGUUAAUCAAUUAUUUGUGGUGCAUAAG